AUGGAGAUAGAUGAAGGAGAGCAGGGUGGGAAGGAGGAGGGAGGGGAGGAGGAGGAAGGGGAGACCGAGGUGGAAGAAGCAAAGGAGGCUAUGGGAUCACAUGGGAGGCCGCAAGAAGAGGAGGAGGAGGAAGAGGAGGGAGAGGUGAAGGAUGAUGAGUGGGACGAGAUGGAUGGGGCGAAUGAUGGUGCUGGCGGUGCUGCUGCUGACGCUGCUGGUGGUGGGGAUGAGGAGGGGCAGGAGGAUGGGGAGGAGAAGGGUGAGGGAGAAGGGGAGGGUGAAGAGGAGAAGGAGAGGGAUGCUGAUGUGGAGAAGGAGGAAGGGGAGGAGGGGGAGGAGGAGGGAGAAGAAGGGGAGGUGAAGGAUGAGGAUGGGGAGGGAGGUGAGGAGGAGGAAGCGGAGGAGGGGGAGGAGAAAGAGCCUGAGAACAUGGGCACGGGAGCAGAGGCAGCAGUAGCAGAGGAGCAGAUGGAGGAGGAGAAAGAUAUCAAGGGGACGAAAUCAGCUAGAGAUCAGCAACAGGAUGGGAAUGAGCAAGUGGCAGGGGUGAGGGCUGCGGGGACGGCGUCUGUUGAUGUGAUGGGGAUGGAAGUGGAGGAGAAGGAGACCAAGGGGCAAGGGAAGGAGGAGGAGAAGGAAGAGGAGGAGAGGAAGAAGAAUGCAGCAGAGGAGGAGGAUGGGGAGGGGGAGGAGGCAGGAGGGGCGAAGGAGGGUGAGGAGGAGGAAGAGGAGGAGGAAUUGGAAGAAGGAGAAGAGAUGGAGGUGGAUGGGGACGCAUCUGGAGCCAUGGAUCCGAGCUUCGUAUCCAUGAGAUGGAAAGAGGAGGCCAAGGAAACGGCGCGCUUGCGAGACGCGGACGGGGAGAAGGAAGAGGGGGAAGCGGAAGAGGAAGGAGCAGGAGAGGAGGCGGACACUGCUGGUGGCGCGAGGGAAAAGGUAUGGACGGAGAUCGAACUGGAACGCAUGCGCGCAGAGGUAGAAGCGCAGAUGCAGCGGAUGCGGGAGAGCGAGGAAGGCCGGCAGAAGCUCGAAGCGGCGCGCGACGCGUGGCGGAAAUACGAGCUGCUGUGCAGCGGCGCCUCUCAGGAGCUAGCAGAGCAGCUGCGGCUCAUUCUAGAACCUUCCAUGGCGACCAAACUGCAAGGAGACUACCGAUCGGGGAAGAGAAUCAACAUGAAGAAGGUGAUUCCGUACAUUGCAAGCGGGUUCAAGCGGGAUAAGAUCUGGCUGAGGAGAACCCGCCCGGAUAAGCGCAAAUACCAGGUGGUUCUAGCUAUUGAUGACUCGAGAAGCAUGUCGGAGGCACGGUGCGGGCAUCUAGCGCUCGAAGCAAUGGCCACGAUUUGCCGAGCGAUGGCGACGAUCGAGGUUGGGGAGAUCGGGGUCGUUGCUUUCGGCGAGCCGGGCAACGUGCGCAUGCUGCAUGAAUUAGACCGGCCGUUUUCUCCUGAAGCAGCCGUGCAAGUCAUCUCGCAAUUCUCGUUCAAGCAGGACAACACGAUUGCGGAUGAGCCAAUGGUGGAGCUGCUGCGGUUUCUGUCUGGGGCGCUGGAUUCUGCUGCGAUGAGAUACUCUGCGAGUGCGGGCACGGGAGGAGGAGGACAUCUGGAGCAGCUGGUGCUGAUUGUGGCGGAUGGGCGGUUCCAUGAGAAGGAGACCCUAAGGCGCACAGUGCGGCAUGCCAUGGGCAAGGGGCAGCUGCUGGCCUUCAUUCUGCUGGACAGCCCUUCUGAAUCCAUCCUUGACAUGCAGGCGGGGUCCCAGCCUUCUCUCAACCUACCUGAACUGACUUUGAGAUUCAUACAAGCCAUAUCCCGUUUCUCCCUGCCCUCUCCUGCACCCCUCCUGCAGUCCGUGUCAUUCUCAGACGGGGUGCCAGCCUUCUCAAGCUACCUGGACUCCUUCCCCUUCCCCUACUACAUCCUUCUGAGGGACAUCCACGCGCUCCCUCGCACGCUGGCAGGCCUGCUUAGACAGGUAUGGCAUGGGGAAUGCUGGCAUGGGGCUGAAGAGGUGACUUUAUCAGUGAUAGGGAUGGCAUAG